AUGACGGACUUUACCACUGCUGAAUGGGCGGAUAUUACCCCAAUUGAGCUGGACGAUGGCUCGAACUCGGAGGCCAUGCCCCUGGCCACCAUCGCCUAUCCGCCCGAGUACCUCGAGGCGACCGCGUAUCUGCGCGCCGUCAUGGCCGCCAAUGAGAUGUCGGACCGGGCAUUGAGCCUCACCCAGGAUGUCAUUUCAAUGAAUCCUGCCCACUACACCGUAUGGAUCUACCGGGCAAAGAUUCUAUUUGCAUUGGACAAAGAUCUCAGUGAGGAGUUGAGCUGGCUGAAUGAUGUAUCAUUGAAAUAUCUGAAGAAUUACCAGAUUUGGUGCGUGCAUCACACACGGCAGAGCCGGCGAGCAGAAUCCAAUAUUAAUAUCUCAUCUAGGCAUCAUCGCCAAGUGCUACUGUCAUCAAAAUCGCAUUUCCCAACUUUCCCACCCAAGGAAGCGGAUUUCUUAAUGGAGAUGUUUGCCCAAGACUCCAAAAACUACCAUGUCUGGACAUACCGUCACUGGCUGGUGCGUCACUUCAAAUUGUGGGAUCAACCCCGCGAGCUUGAAGACGUGGAAGCCCUCCUCAAGGCCGAUGUACGCAACAACUCUGCCUGGAACCACCGGUACAUGCUUCGCUUCGGUCCGCGGGAUACCUCCCCCGAUGCGGGGAUGGUGAACGCGGGCGACAUGACCACAGCACCGACCGACAAGGGGCGUCUUCCCCUGGUCGACGAGGACGUGAUCGACGGUGAGCUGAAGUUCGCACAGGAGGCGAUUCUGCGGGCACCGGAAAACCGGAGCCCAUGGUGGUAUGCGCGAGGGGUUUUGAGGGCUGCAGGGCGGGGAGUUGGGGAAUGGGAGGGGUUCGCUACUGGAUUCGUUUCGGAGGGAGCCGUGAAAAGCUCCCAUGCGGUGGAGUGGCUGGCGGAUGUCUAUGCGGAGAGCGGCGGUGCGACGGAUGCGGUUCGUAUGCUGACUAUGCUCAAGGAGAAGUAUGAUCCCAUUCGGAAGAAUUAUUGGGAUUAUCGUAUUCGCAAACUGGAUCAGGUUGCAUGA